AUGGCUCUGAAACACUACACGGCGCAGGGAUACGAGGCGUUCCAGGAGGUGCUCCAGUCGAUCGGAAAAGGCCAGAGAGUCGUCGCUCUCUUCACCGGAUCCAAGAAUCUCUCAACCGGACUCUCGUGGUGUCCGGAUUGUGUUGUCGGUGAGAGACAUUUCGCAACCGUCUUUUAAAAUUCAUAUCUCCCGAAGUAGGUAUCCAAACAGUUGGGACGCGGGCGAAGGGAACCACGAGACGGGACCACCCCGUCCCAAGCCGUUUGGAUACCUGUGAAGCCGGAAAUAGCAAUUUGCAAACUCGAAAUUACGAAAACUCACAACACAGCAUGCGAACGGUUCAGAAAAGCGCAUUCUCAAUGUAUUUCUGAUUUCAGCGGAGCCAGUGGUCGAAUCGGUGCUCGCGGAUCCGGCGGUCGCCUCGCAAGACGUGCACUUUGUGACGGUGUUCGUCGGGAACCGCGAAGUGUGGAGAGAUCCGGCAGUGGGAUUCCGCACGGAUCCAAAACUGAAACUGACGUGCAUUCCGACCCUUUUGGAAGUCGGAAACAAGGCGAAACGGCUUCUGGAGGCACAGGUCGCCAACAAGAACCUCGUCAAGGACUUUUUCGUCGAAGAAUGAAUUUUCAAGAUUUUUAACGAUCUUUCUAUAUUUUUUCAUUGUGAUAGUAACAUUUGAAUUUGGGAAAUAAAUUAUGGUGUGUGGGAAAUGAAGAGAAAUUGACAGUUUAAACGGAUGUGACCAUUUUUGGAUUACUUUUUUCCAUGUAGACGAAUUUGAAAAGAAAGGGAAGUUAUUCAGAUGAACGACGAGAUUUACCACGAAAAGCAGCGACUGCAGUACUGUCUCAUCCACACAGUCAACAAUAUUCUGCAGAGAAACGAGUUCGACGCCGCCAAAAUGAACGAGAUUUGCUAUUCGUUCGACGACAGCCGCUGGUUCAAUCCGCACAAGUACGCGACACUUUUUUGCGAGCACAGUUUUUGAGCAAAUUUCAAUUUACAGUUGCUUAAACGGUUCUUAAAGUGUGCGCACACUUUAAACACACUUUAAGCAACUUUUAAACGAACUUUUCGAGAACAAGUGUCAAAAUAGUGGAAAGCGUGAAAAUAAAAAUAAAAACGCGUUUCGUGCGUGCGCGCACCUUUAAACGUUCCGUUUUUUUUCAAAAAAAAACGGAAAACAAUCAUUUUUUCACAGUCUGAAUAGCCCCAUUAGGCAGGCAGUCAGCGAGCUGGCAAAUUAAAGGCGCACGCAGAAAGCGCGUUUUUUUACUUUCACGCUUUCCGCCGUGACGCAAUUUUCUUCUAUGCACAACCGUUUUUUUUUGGCCCAUUAAAUGUGGCUUUGCUGCAAAAAUGAGUGCCAUGGAGUGGGAGAGAAGAAAUUGGAAUUUUAGUUGCGAAACGUCCAUGCGAAAACACUUUUCAGAUCAUGGAUCGGAACCGGCAACUACGACGCGAACAUUCUGAUGGCCGCCCUUCAAAUGCACGAUCUCAAAGUGAGCAAAUAUUGAAAUUUUAGCAUUCCACAAAAAAACCCGUGAAAUGUCGCCUCUUUCGAUAUUUUUCAACGUUUAACCCAAUUUCACAGCAAAAUGUUCAUUCUGAGCGUAAAAACAUAAAGUGUUAUGGGGUUUUUCAGGCUGUGAAAAAAAUGAAUUUUUUUCCGUUUUUUUUUACAUCAAAAAAACCCAAUUCAGCGGUGUAAAAAAACGAAAAAAACGGAAAACAAACAUACGCUGAAUAGCCCCAUUAGGGCUGCAGUGCUGAAAUAUCUCAAAAAAUGACUAAAUUGGCUCAAAAUCAAGUUUGGCGCCGGCUGUAUUUUUGUAUAGCGAACUUGCAGGUGAUGUGGUUCGACAAGCGGGCGCCGAUCGAGCGGAUCCACGUGGAUCGUGUGAAGGCGUUCGUGUUCAACACGCCCUCCCGCACACUUUUGACCCUGUACCGCGGACGGCACUGGUUUGCGGUGAUUCGCAAAAACGAGCGGUUUGAAAUGCGAAAAAUGUGGAAAUUAUCGACUAUUUUUGCAGUUUUUACAACGUGGAUUCCAAAUUGAACGCGCCGGAACCGAUCGACGAUAUUCGGAAAUUUCUGGAAGAGCACGGUCACGCAAAAGACACGGAAAUGAUGUUGGUCGUGGAAAAUGCUGUGGAAGAGGGAAGCGUCGUCGAAAAAUGA